GCGCGCGCACACAGGCGGCCACGCUCGCGCCGAGAUCCCCGGCCACGUAAGUAACUAUUAAUACCGCCUGGCCGGGAGGUGCGGGCGUGCCGAGCGGGGGCUGGCCUCGGCGCCGUCGGCCAUCCCCUUUCAUCCUUAAAUACACUGCCCUCGCCUACCGCUGCGGGGCAAGGGAAGAAUCACAGAAGAAAAGGAAAAGCGGUAGUUUUCUCCAAAACAAACGCUGCAGGGCACUUUGGGUCCCCGCUCUGGACAAGGAGACGGAGUGCUCGCCAGUCGUUCCGAGGCGAGACCCGCUUCUCUGGCUGCCAGGCCACGCCGCGGGUGGGCCGAGCCACGGGGCGCAUCCCCCUCCGAGCGCCCCGGAAGCUCGCGCCGGGGAAGCCGGGGAAGCCGGAGCCCGCCGCGCCGCCCCGGGCCCUGCGCGCUCUCCCGGCUCGGCUCGCACCAAGACCCGGAGCGCGGGCGCGCGGCUGCAGCAUGCGCCUGUGCUGAGCUCGGCGCGGCGGGCCAGCCCCGGCGGGGUCUCGGAACCCGCACCCGACCCGCACCACGGCUCUGCCCCGCGCUGGCGAUCCUUUUCUUCUUGCUGUUGUUGACCGUGCUGCUGGCCGCUCCAAGUUAAAUGCUCCCUUGCAAUUCUUUUUUUGUGCUUGCUUAAUUUUUUUUUUUUUUUUUUUGAGAGCUCUUGCGAUUUUGGAAAAGCCUCAGACGCCAUCUACAGUUGAAACGUAGGUAACUGCCCUCUCCGGCAGCCCCCUCCCUUCCACGCCCCCCACCCUUUCCACCAAAAAAGGGGGUGCAGCGCGGAUUCUGGCUGCCGUGCGUCGCGAGCCGGCAGACCCGGAGCCGAUUUCCUCCUGCCUUUUUGUUUGGUUUGCAUCGCGUGGAGCCCGCGCCGCCGCCGUGCGCUCCCCCAGGACUAGACGAAGCCAACGUCGGGCUCUUCCGCCCCGUCUGCGAUCCCGAAGGCUGCCCGGGCGCCGCUUCGGGAAACCCGGCGCUGCAGCCUCCGCCUCCGCGGCCCGGCGGCUCCUCCUGCCCGGCGCUGGGGAGAGGGAGAGCGAGCCAGCCGCUGCGCGCUCCUGGCGGCUUCGGGCUAACAAAAGGACCCGGGCUGCUUGCGCAGCGAGUGCCCCCGGGACCGGGCUCGGAGCAGACCAGGUGCCCGGCGGCGCCCGGCUGCGGAUUCCUGGCUCUUUUUCGAAGCAACCCCACGUCCCGUUCUGCUGGCAACCCGCGACACCGAGGCACCCGCAGCCGCGCUCGCCCGCUCGCGACUCGUCCCUCCGGCGGGUCUUUUUGUUUGCGGUGCGCGAUCCCCACACUCAUGAACAUACACAGGUCCACCCCCAUCACAAUAGCGAGAUAUGGGAGAUCGCGGAACAAAACCCAGGAUUUCGAAGAGUUGUCGUCUAUAAGGUCCGCCGAGCCCAGCCAGAGUUUCAGCCCGAACCUCGGCUCCCCGAGCCCGCCUGAGACUCCGAACUUGUCGCAUUGCGUUUCUUGCAUCGGGAAAUACUUAUUGUUGGAGCCUUUGGAGGGAGACCACGUUUUCCGUGCGGUGCAUCUGCACAGCGGAGAGGAGCUGGUGUGCAAGGUCUUUGAGAUCAGCUGCUACCAGGAGUCCCUGGCCCCGUGCUUUUGCCUGUCUGCCCACAGCAACAUCAACCAGAUCACCGAAAUCAUCCUGGGCGAGACCAAAGCCUAUGUGUUCUUUGAGCGAAGCUAUGGGGACAUGCACUCCUUCGUCCGCACCUGCAAGAAGCUGAGGGAGGAGGAGGCGGCCAGACUGUUCUACCAGAUCGCCUCUGCCGUGGCCCACUGCCACGACGGGGGGCUGGUGCUGCGCGACCUCAAGCUGCGGAAAUUCAUCUUUAAGGAUGAGGAGAGGACUCGUGUCAAGCUGGAAAGCCUGGAAGAUGCCUACAUCCUGCGGGGGGAUGACGAUUCACUGUCCGACAAGCACGGCUGCCCAGCCUACGUCAGCCCCGAGAUCUUGAACACCAGCGGCAGCUACUCGGGCAAGGCCGCCGAUGUGUGGAGCCUGGGUGUCAUGCUGUACACCAUGUUGGUGGGGCGCUACCCGUUCCAUGACAUUGAGCCCAGUUCCCUCUUCAGCAAGAUCCGGCGUGGCCAGUUCAACAUUCCAGAGACUCUGUCGCCCAAGGCCAAGUGCCUCAUCCGAAGCAUCUUGCGGAGGGAGCCCUCGGAGCGGCUGACCUCGCAGGAGAUUCUGGACCACCCUUGGUUUUCUACAGAUUUUAGCGUCUCCAAUUCAGGAUAUGGUGCUAAGGAGGUGUCUGACCAGCUGGUGCCGGAUGUCAACAUGGAGGAGAACUUGGACCCUUUCUUUAACUGAACUCAUGCCCCGCCCCACAGGGACUUAGCAGGCACCUGGAGUGAGAGAGGGCGGCUGAAGGUUCUGCCAGGGGACACGUUGCAGUCACCUGGCUGGGUGGCAGGAAAGAUGCUCACACUUACAAGUUUCUUGGUUCCAAGAAGGAGGCCCUUCCGGGAGCUGAGGGGACAUGUAGCAUGGGGCUUGGAAACGGGGGCUGGGGCUUGGGUCAGAUGGGCAGGAGCCCCCCAAACCCCUAAGUUUUCUUGUCCCUCACCAGAGCCUGGGAGAUCACCCCUUUGCCAGAUGGGCCACUUCCGCCAACUCCACUUCUCAUUUUGUUCAGAACUAGUUGCAGAUACGGAUAGAUUCAAAACUCUGCCUCAAAUACACAUCUUGGCAUCGCACUGUUAGUAUUUCACUUCUUCUAUUGAUUCAGGGAAGUCACCUGGUGGAGAAAAAAAAUUUUUUUUUCUUUUUUUAAGCAAGCCAGCCACCUAUUUGAUAAUUCCUGGGGGAUCACUUAGAAACACUUCGGUGCGCACAGACGGACACCAUUCCUGGGUGCUAAACUCAAAGAAAACAGAAGUCCGGCUUGUGUCUCUUCAUCGCUCUCCUCAACUCAUUUCUUUGAAAGAGACUAGGUAAUAUCCUGGUUAGGAAACUGCGGGAGAAUGGCUUCCUGAAGGCAUGUGUCCUGUGCUGCCUGUCUGCGGGCAGCUCGCCUUUCUGCUGUCAGAGUUUAAAGGGGAACCAGAGAGCAGACUCCCUUUCGCAUUUUUUCCCCCUGUGAGCAAGGCGGGUUUGCAUGCUAAGCAUUCCUGGUGGCCGAGCUGGCCUGGGAGUGUGGGACACUCACGGAGCCUCAUCCUCCGGCCACACUUGGAUCUCAGCUGGACGUUUUGUCUGUUUUCUUGGAAACUAGUGAAGCGGAGCUGGUUGUCCCAGGUGUAUAAAAUACAGGGCAGCUAUUUAGUUUUCUGUGUGGGGGAUGAUACUUUGAUCCCGGAAGGUCCUCUGGAUUGGAUACAGACCCUCAGUCGACUUGUGCGGGAAUCAUGAUGGCGGAAAUCUAGGAUGAUAUAAAUAAAAGCAACUCUCUAUCCCAACACGCACCUUCGUAUUUUCAAGAACUCUUCUAUUUAUUAAAGGCAAAUGUCACAUUGUGAUGUGUUAAGCCAGUACUUCAAUUACGGGUUGACUUGGGAUGACAUGUUACAUGCUGUAGUUAACAUUGAUGACUUUUUUUUUUGUUUUGUUUGAGUAUUUCUGUCCCUGAAAUAACCUUCUAGUUGGCUUUUUUAGAUAGCUUCAUUUGAUUUUGAGUGGCGACAUGUUUGUUUUUUUUUUAUUACGGCUUUUCUAUUGCUGUAUAAUACAGAACUCUUUUGGCAUAAAUAUUUGAGUUCCUAGUACCUCAGUUUGGAUUGUACUGCCUGUAUAUGUUUUGUGAAUGAGUCAUGUUUUGGGAUAGGUAACCCGUGGACUCUAGUGUGUAAAUGUUACUUGAAUCUGUGCUUCAUCGUCGUCCGUGGCAUGUGUGUGCAGACUCUUGGAUGCUUUUGCCUGUUCAGCAGGAGGCCUGCCCUUGGCAUUCCCAGGGGAGUGGCUUCCCCGUUCAUCAUCAGGAGACAAGGCGGCCAUGGAUUUGCCCUUGAUUAUAUUUUGAUAAUGGAAGAUAUAAAGGAGAGAGGGUUUUUUUUUAACACGUGGAAGAUGGUGCUGUGUCAAGACGGACCUAUUUUCUCCCCUCUCCCCUAUUUUUUAAGCCCCUUGUAAAAGGAAAGAUGGGUGACAUGCAUGGUGGGUAUCUAUGGGCUCUGGUGCUUUGUCUGUAUUUGGUUUAAUGUUUUUGUCCUAAUCUCUUCAAUCAAUAAAAUUGUGCGUAUU